AUGCAAGAAAUGUCAUCCGAAAGUGGUGCAGUUUACGGUCCUGUUGGUACUGCCACCCAAACAGCAUCCAAACGGAAGUACGGCAGCCCAGCAAUUCGUAAAGACACGCAAUUGCUACUUUCCAAAAAUUCGCGUUUGUCACAGGCGUGCGAUCGAUGCAGGAUGAAAAAAAUCAAAUGCGACGGCGCCACGCCAUCUUGUGCAGCUUGCACCAAAGUUGGUUUUCAGUGCCGUCAUAGUGAUACGCUUUCCAGAAGAGGAACCCCGAAAAAUUACACUGAGGCACUGGAAAAGGAAGUGGUACGUUUGCAACAGCUGGUUGCAGAAACGAAAACCAAACCCACUUUGAAAAUAAUCAAUGAAGAGCCCACUCGGUGCUCCCCCAAAUCACCUCCAAUCAAAGAUUCAAGACCCAAUGCGUUUUUGGAACUUCCAUUCAUCAAUGAUACUUUUCACCAAUACGAAAAUCGUAUCAUGGGCGAUGGCCAAUUCAUGGGACACGCAACAUGGGACGUUUUAGCUAAUUCAACGUCAGAUUUGUCAAUAGACGUCUUGCCCGAUGAGGACGAUUGGUUAUCUCGGUAUUUGAUCCAGCAGUUCCAGCUUUCGCACGAUCUAAUCCCCACGGUGCUGCUGUCUAAGUACCACAAUGACGCAAUCCUGUGCGGAAAGCAAAUCCGAAGAUGCACAGCUCAUUUCCUCGAAACUUCGAUGGCACUGGUACCCGUCUUGAACUCUAGUUCGUGGGCCAAUGAGCUUGCCAGAGUUCCACAUUCUAAAUCUGUGCAUCCCACUGUUCUUCUCGCGAAUAUAUUGAUAUGCCAAUGGAAAUGGUCGUGUUUCAGCGAUGACGCUCUUUUCACCGCUUCGAAAAUCGUUUGUUUGAACUCUUCUCAACCUCUUCACCGGUUACAGUGUCUACUUUUGGCGGCGUUCUAUUUCAUGGGUACUCCCAGCGCAGCACUGCUAACAAAAACCUCAACUGCGCCUUUCGCAUCUCAGCUGCUGAAACUAGCAUACGGUGAGAUGACAAAUAUGGGUCUCUAUGUUAACAGCCAUCGGCUAAACCCUGUUCACUCGAGUGCCAAUCUCAAUCACACCGAAAGAUUGACUACUUUUUGGUGUUUCCAGUUUCUGGAUUCGUGGUGGACGUUAAUACAAGGCGUUCCAAAGACCAACUUCACAAGUGACGAAUUUUCACCACCUAAACUUUCAGCAUUGAACAAUCCGAAGCUUAAGCCGUUCGAGCUAUUAUUGGACUUUAUAUUCGGUUGCCUCGACGGUUGUAACCUUUUGAAGGCUAUAUCUCGCGGGGGAAGCUCCCAUAUGGUAUAUUUAUUGGAAACAUUUCGCAAGCGAAUGGUGCAUUUCAAUCUUUACCACGACUUGAAUGAAGACGAUCUUCCAAAUUUGUUUGACUCGGUGACAAAACUAGACCAACCUUUGGCUACUGAAAUACAACUCACAUUAUUUUAUCUAGUCGUCUCCCUACUAGCGCAUAUCCAGUCUUUUGAUGCGGCGCUAGCCAAGAAAGUUACUUUCCAACCUCAGCAAGAUAACAUGGAGCCAAGCGUCCCAGUGAACAACUCAGACUGUCGCGAAAGAUCUUUCAGGAUUCUUGCCACUCAAAGAGAAAACGCAUACGAGAUUUUGACAUUGUACUAUUUCGUUAUGGUCGACUCUAGUGACAGCAAACCCGUGGCGCCGUCACAAUUGAAACCUCUGCAUUUUCUACCGUGCGAUAAUCUCGGCGUAAUAAAAUUAUGCCUACAGACUUUGGCAGCAUGGGCUUCUUCAAAGUUGGCAAAGGGCAGUCCUGAUUAUGAUACAAUUUUCCAGAGAUGCCAGCGAACUGUUGACGCCUGGUGUAGCAUCUGGUAUCUUGAUGAACCGGGAGACGAGCUGCUCACACGUUUGCAAAAAAUAUUCCAAUUCAAUCUCCAGACGCCUUUACAGAAGAAGAAUCAGCGUUUCGACAAGCUACUGUACUUGCACUCGGUGAAGUUGCAAAAUAGGCGGAUACUGAAGCAAAACCAGUUUAGUGACACCGCUUCUAAAACUCAAUUAGAGGACCCAUUCAACAGCCUUUACGGUAUGGACGGUAUUACAAUGCAAGUACCCACUUCAGAGACCAUCAGCGCUCUUUUCAAUCCAAUUGCGAUGCAGGAGGAAGACGAAGGCUAUGCCGAAGAUGAUGACGAAGACGAUGAACCGUUUUUGGAAAUUCCCAUAAGCAAGAGAAGGCAGCCUUACUUAAAGCACGAUACAGUUCCCAAUCCAGAAUUUGAGCAUUCCCGUUCCAGUUCCCUGUUCGAUAAUCGUCAGUCUGCACCAAUAUCUAAGAGAUUUUCCAUUGAUGGAAACGGCCAACAGACAGAUGUCAACGUCUUACGCAAAAAGGAUGAUUCCCUAAAAAGUCGAAUGGGUCUUGGUGACAAGUGGCCUUCUGAGCAUUACUUACUCGUGCAGGAGUUACAAAAACCGUCCCCGGCAGUAGGAACACCUCGAUCUUUGGCUGAUUUACUUUGUCCAAGCACUGAAGUUGUAAUACCAGCACAGGCCAAUAAAAGCUCUCAGGUUCCAAUAAACUGA